AUCCUAAAAAUUAAUUGUAAUAUGUAAAGAGUAACAGCAAUUAUAUAUACAAUACUUUUCUCUGAUGGCAUCAUAUAAAUGGUUCUUAUAAUCAUGCCAGCCAUGUUGUUCCAUGCCAUCUCCUUGAAAUCCACAAACCUUUAUAUAAAAUCUGCUCUUCAUGUAGUAUAAUUAUUAUAUGUUCUGGAUGUUUUGAUGCUGUCCAAAUGCAGCAUUUUCAUAAAAUUCAGUUUUAUUCUCAGGUGCUGAAAUUCUGCCGCUAGAUGGCAGCAGCCACAAAGUCAAUCAAGAAACAAAAAAAGUUUAAGACUUAAACUUUAAAUCACUCACGAACCGGAAAGUGUUGGAUGUGAACUUGGCGCAAAUAGUUUUGCACUAGGAAUACCUUCAUACUUGGUAUGAAGCGCCUGCUCUAGAACCAGAAUGUUGUGGUAUCAUAAUACUUUGAAUUUGUUUGACUUCUUCAUUGGUUUGUAAUUUUCUAGCUAUAUGAAAUAUUUUAUUCCUAAAUUUUCAGAUUGAAUUUCCAACACGAGGCACGCACGUCUAUUUUUUGGAGAACAGCAGAAGCAGGGGCUUAAUUUAAUUAAAUUAUAUGGAAAGUAAGUUGUACAUCGUAAAAACUGAGGAAUAUAUUUUCAUCCAGGCUUUUAUACAUGCUUUACUUUCUCAGUGAUUCGUUCUAAAAUUUAUUUAUUUAAAAGGACAUGAGCAAUAUGUGGGACAUAAUUGGUUAUUUUGCAUAAGAACUGCUUUAUUUUGUGUAUGUUCCUUGUAUAGCUUUUGUAGCUGCCAAACUGGGGAAAAAAAGCUGUCUUCAUCACCCUAACUGACUUAAAGAUAAAUCUAUUUUUAGAUACUUUAUUUAAGGAAAUUAUUUGAGCCAUUCUCUUCCUGUAAGGGCACAUGUGGCUGUGGGAAAUAAUUACUGUGUUUCUGUGUUUAUAGUGGCUGAGGCUUCACUUUUUUGUCAUUUCUACUUUUGCUUUCAUCCAACUCAGACCUAAGAUAAAUAAACUGCGUUCUGAGCAAGACUGUAAACAAAAGUCAAAUAUUUUCUCCUACCAUCACGCCUCCAACCCAGCAUCUUAGCCCCUAAUAAGCCAACCUGAUUGUUUCUUUACAUUUCUCACUGUCAGCCAUGCUGGUUUUGGAACACUGCAGGAAUUCCCUUUAUGCAGACGAUCAGUGAUUUCGCCUGCACAAAGGGAGACGCUGCGUGAGCGGUCUAACCACGCCUGUGUGUGGAGGAGGAAAUAUAAAUUCACCUGCACGACGCCUCCUGCACAUUCCUGAAUGAGGCUGAGAGGCAUCUAUUGCGCAUGAUCUCCUGUCCAGUCGUCCAGUUGUCAUGGCGUCUGAGCGUUUUCCAAUCAGCAUCCGUCUAACCGGAGUCCUUCACAAGGAGAAGAACAAAAUGUACAUAACAUCUGUGCUUUGGUCGGAUCAGAAUGAAAUUGUAGUUUACAGAAGCUUUGAAGAUUUCAAAGAAAUGCAUAAACAGCUGAAGAAGAAGUUUCCCUCUGGAAGUAAAACGAAAAAAUCUGACAGAAUCCUCCCUAAAUUUCAAAGCAACAGAGUGAAGCAGAAGAGCCAAGGCAAGGGGCCUAAUAAAUCACUGGUGUGCCUUAAGUAUUUGCAGAAAUACUGUAAUGAACUCCUGAGCUGUGAUCAACACGUCUCACAGUCUGCUGACCUGGCAAAGUUCUUGCAUCCAAAUGAGAAAGAGCUAAAACCAGAGUUCACCAAAAACAGCAUCAUCAUCAUACCCUCUGAGGAAGAGAUCAGGAGCUACGGGAGACAGGACAGCAGCGGUAAUGUGACCCAGCCAUUUGUCACAGAGACCUACAGAUGUAUAGCCCCAUACGAGACCAAAGACACCAAAAACAAACCUUUCAAAGUAGCUGUGAAUGAGAUGCUUGACGUUCUUAUCAAAGACAAAGCAGGGUGGUGGCUCGUAGAGAACGAGGAGAAGAGGAUGGCCUGGUUUCCUGCACCCUACCUGGAGAACCUAGAAGAUGAGGAGGAUGAAGAGGAAGUGCAUGGUACACCGUCAACAGGGAUGUUUUACAUAGUUGUCAAGAGCUACAAUUCCAACAUAGUGGAUGAAGUAAGCGUAAACAUUGGUGUAGUGGUCGAGGUCCUGCGGACCCCGGAUAAUGGCUGGUGGCUCAUAAGACACAAAGGAAAAAUGGGUUAUGUCCCAUCUCUGAACCUGCAGCCCUACAUAAAUCCUCAGGUUCAGAUGACGUCUCAGUAUAAUGUCCAAAACUCCUCUUCUCUCCUGCCCCACUCCUCUACCUUGCACCACAGCCGUUCCUAUGGCAACCUGUCCCAGCAUCCUAACCCCAGACCCAUCUCCCCCAGCCUCACCCCAACAGAAAGCAUCCACAGGUCCCAGUCUCUAAACCAGUUGUCCACUCAGCCUGCAGUGAGCCUCCCUGCUCCAGCAAACAACCACCCCACCUCCCCAACAUCUCCAGUACAAGCCCCUCUUCCAGAGAUCCUGGUGCAGAGUGACGAAGACCAGGAGCAGAACGGACGGAUCCUCAGAGCAGAGUCGGUAGACAGCUUUGAAAGCGACAGCUUCAGCGAUGAUGCCCUCUCCAUGUCCACUGGCUCAUCCCUCAACUUGAGCUACAGCGCCAACGACCAACAGCUGCGAUUCUGCCGCACGCCACAGCCCACGGUGUCCAACAGCCUCAGCCCAACGAGCAACCCUGAGGGAACUCUGCUACCCAGCGUCUCCGACCCCAACCUCUACAAGGGGCCCCAACCCCCGAGGGUUCCCCCAAGACCCCGGGCCCAGGAGAUUCUCACCCGCUGUUCCUCAAUCACCCGUAAAAAUGCGACUAAAAGCAACCUGUCACCAACUUCGACUGAGGUAACGAGUCGAUGAAAGUUAAAGCUUUUUGUUAUUGUUAUGCUAUUUUGCUCUUUUGCAUUAACUGUGCACACUGGUUUCUUAUCCUUCCACUUAUGUGACCAAUACUUUGAUUGAUAUAUAUAAAAUAAUCAAGUAACCAACAACUGGAUGCAUUUUGUCUGAAUGACUAGGUGCUUUAAGUUUUAUAUCAACUCUCAUACCAGAUAAUCCCCCCCAUCUGAUAUAUGUACAUAUUAUAUUCAGUUAACUGUAGAGAUGAAAUGAAUAAAAUGAUCGUGUGGGUUUAAUACUGAAUGCUUUUGUGUCAUUCCUGAAAGAAAAUGUACAACACAUGGAGUCUUCACAUGUAAAACAUCAUAGUGAGAAGAGUCUCUUUUUUAUACUUUAUUUCUCUAUCAGAUUUGAACAUGUAGACUCAUUUUUGUCCGUUGUUCUUUGUGAAGUAGCCUGGACUAACUUAAUGAGGUUCUGUAAACAUCAGUUUUCAAUUUUUUAAUUAAGGCCUGGACUUUGGCUGGACCAUAUUAACCCUUCGACUGUAUGGUAAUAGUUGUGUUCUGGAUAUAAGGCGAACCUCUGCCUCAGUUGCCAAGGACAGUAAGCCCAGAACACGAUGCUGUUCUGAAAUACGCAAGACUAAUGUUACAAAAUGUGAAAAAGUUAGAGGAAUAUGAAAACUUAUGCAAAGUACUUAGGUUGCACGAGAGCUUGUGGAGUCUAGACUUUCUUUCUCAGAGAUGAAAAAUAACCAAGUCUUCUGUUUAGCAAUCAGACAAAUAAUAGGUAAAAAUAAAUAAAAAAAUCAAUAUUCAGUUCAAAA